AAUCAAUCGGUUUCAUUCAGUCAGUCUGAUCGUGGCCGUUGAGGGAGGUGGUACAUCAUUUCUGUUCCCCUACAAACGCGUUUCGGAGUGAUUUGUGUUUUGUUUUGUGGUGCACCAUGGCUUACAACGGUAAUAGUGGCAAGAGACUGUGUACAGGGACUGACCUCGACGUAAAACUCGAUAGGAGCAAUGGCAAUAACUACAUGUCGAGCGAGCCGCGGCGCAAGCGCGAGUUACCAGCGCGACCCAACCACAUCCUGCUGUACACCAUCAUCAACCCGGCAUAUCCCAUCACUGUGGACGUCAUACACACAAUCAGCACACCCCACGGGCAAGUACAGAGGAUCGUGGUAUUCAAGAAAAAUGGCGUCCAGGCGAUGGUUGAGUUCGAGAGUGUGGAGUCGGCGACGCGAGCGAAAGAGGCGCUUCACGGCUGCGACAUAUACUCAGGAUGCUGCACGCUUAAAAUUGAAUUCGCAAAGCCCGAGAGAUUGAACGUAUUCAAAAAUGACCAAGACAGUUGGGAUUAUACAGUGCCAGACGACGUGCAGCAACCAGUGCAGAGGUCAGCUCCUCUGCUGCAGUCGCCCCAGUACACCGGCGGCAGGCCCCAGCCUUACAAUCCGACAAGCCAACCGGUGACUACUACCAGGUCGUGCAGCGAAGACUCUUGCAGCCAACACAGUCAGCAUUCAUGUGACCAAUCGCAGAACGACAUGGACUAUGGUAGUGGUGGACCACCACCGCCGGGCAUGAUGAAAGAGAGACACGGUCCGCCGCCACCACAUCACCCUCGCGACGGUCGCGGAUACGGCCCAGAGGGUUACGGUGGUGAGGGGUUCGUGCCGCCGCCCCCUAUGCACCACCCCCCCAUGCCCCCACAAAACCAGGGCGGGCCGCCUCAGCAGGGUGCGGUGAUGAUGGUGUAUGGGCUGGACCCCAGCACCGUCAACUCCGACCGGCUGUUCAACCUGUGCUGUUUAUACGGGAAUGUUGUUAGGAUAAAGUUUCUGAAGACCAAAGAAGGCACAGCGAUGGUGCAGAUGGGCGACCCGGUGUCUGUGGAGCGAUGCGUGCAGAACCUUAACAAUGUCACCGUUGGCGAUUACACGUUGACCCUUGCGUUCUCAAAGCAAGCGUACCUAUCAGAGGUGAUGAACCCGUACCCUCUAGCAGACAAGAGUCCCUCGUUCAAGGACUACGUCGGGAACAAGAACAACCGCUUCCUCACGCCCGCUUCCAUACACAAGAACAGGAUACAGCCCCCCUCGAAGGUGCUGCAUUUCUUCAACACGCCGCCUGACGUGUCGGAUGACCAGCUUCUUCAAGUGUUCAAGGACUACGGGGUUGCGCCGCCGCAUACCAUCUCUAAGUUCCCACUCAAGAGCGAGAGAUCAUCGUCGGGCCUGAUGGAGUUCCAGAAUAUAUCGCAAUCGGUGAUGGCCAUCAUGGCGUGCAACCACGCCACCAUACAACACCCAGGCGCCAAGUUUCCCUUCAUAAUGAAGCUGUGCUUCUCUUCAUCGCGGCAGAUCGGCCAAGGGAAGGGCCAAGGCAAGAGCCCAGGCCCUACCGGACAGAACAACGGCGUUGAUCACGAAUACUACUAACGGCGACGAGCGGCGCACACACACAAACACAUAUCAAGAAGGACGGCAACACACUGACACACACAGCCACACCACGACUGCGGGGGGAGGGGGUUGCCAUUGCACGACACGAAAAAUCUACCCUGCCUUUAAAAACGAUUCCUUAGACACGCUUUCGCGUCCUAUUUAAAAAAAAAGACAAAUGUCACUGGAGUCGCGCCAAUUUAAUCCCGGGCAGAUUUUUCGCAAUGACAACGUCUUAAUAAUUCCUUAUAUUUACAUUUUUGUGAUUUAGAUCACUUCUAUAAAGACAUUAACAGUUAGUUUUUUUAAUAUAUGAAUAGACACAGUAACAUUUUUGUUUUUUCAUUUAUAUUUUAUAACACAUAUUACAUUUCCAUAUUAUUAUUUUUCUUUUUUUUUGUUCUUUUUUGUUGUUACAGGGCCUCGCCCUAUUGGAUGCGUUGUGCAUUUUCUUUAUCAAAUCUAGCGGCUUAGAUAGCUUUUAAGUGAUAUUCCCAUUUUAUUUGUGUAAUAUUAGAAUUUAUUAGUUAUUCGUUCCCAGUGCCAUUUUCAAACACUCUACGAUGUACAUUUUAUGGCUUACGCAAUUUUCGACUUUAUCUCUAGGAAAAAAGAGUUUAGUUUCAAUAGAGUUUUGAGGAUGGUACUGCAAUUUCCCAUUUUAGUGAGUUAUAGUGAUUGAUAUUAAUUUGUGAGUUUGUUUAAGACAAUUGUUAUAAUAUUUCGGUUUGUAUUCCCUUUUUGUGCGUUCGUCGACUGAAAAUGACUUUCGACGCACGAGUUAUAAUUUUGAAAAUUUGGUUGUUUUGUAAACUUGACAGUUGUGAAAUAUGUACAAGAAAUAAAGAUACUGUGGUAUAAGGUAGACA